CGUUGAGAAUGUUGGGGUGAUUAGGGGUAGUGUCAAUGAGCCAUGGUGGAUCAGCGUAGCAUAAGAGUGGCUUUGUUAUAUCUCUUGUUGUUGCUGUUAUUUGAGUCUACAUUUGAGCAACAAGUGCAGCAGCAGCGGCUGAGUUCAGGCGUCGAGUUUACAGCUUUGUUUGAACUCAGAUCCUCUUUGGGGCUCAGAAGCAGAGAUUGGCCUAGAAAAGUUGAUCCUUGUUCGAGUUGGAACGGUAUAAGAUGCGAAAAUGGUAGUGUUAUUGGGAUUAACAUUUCUGGGUUUAGAAGAACAAGGGUGGGUAAACAAAACCCACAGUUUGCUGUCAAUUCUCUUGUAAAUUUCACACAUUUGGUGUCUUUUAAUGCCUCAAGGUUCAUGCUCCCUGGUUCUAUCCCUGAUUGGUUUGGUCAAAGGCUGUCCUCACUGCAAGUGUUGGAUCUCAGGUCUUGUAAUGUCACUGGUGUUUUACCUUCGAGUAUGGGCAAUUUGACAAACUUAACUAGUUUAUAUUUGUCGGAUAAUAGGCUCACUGGCCAAAUUCCAUCCACUCUGGGUCAAUUGUUAAGCCUUUUAGUUCUUGAUCUUUCCAAGAAUUCGCUUACUGGAUCUAUUCCAUCAUCAUUUGGUUCACUAAGGAAUUUAACAAGUCUUGACAUUUCUUCCAACAGUUUAAGGGGGUCAAUUCCCCCUGGCCUUGGGGCCCUUUCCAAGCUUCAAACUCUGAAUCUCUCAGUCAAUGGUCUAACGUCUUCGAUACCUUCACAGCUUGGCGACCUUGAUAGCUUGGUGGACCUUGAUCUCAGCAGCAAUGGUUUGUCAGGGUCGGUUCCACAAGAUCUUAGAAGGCUAAGGAAUUUGCAGAGAAUAAUUUUGGGGAACAAUGGUCUUAGUGGGUCCCUUCCGGUCAAUUUGUUCCCUGCACCAAGUCAGUUGCAUGUUGUUGUUCUGAGAAACAAUAGGUUCAUUGGUAACCUUCCUCAAGUAUUAUGGUCAAUUCCUGGGUUGAACCUGCUUGAUAUCUCUGACAAUAAUUUCACUGGGGAGCUGCCUACUGCUUUGGAUAAUAAUGCCAUUGCUGCGGUUCUUGACAUGUCUCGGAACAAGUUUUAUGGAGGUCUAACAACUGUUCUCAGAAGGUUCAGUUCUACUAAUUUGUCUGGAAACUAUUUUGAAGGCAGGGUUCCAGAUUACAUGCUUGACAAUGCCUCUCUUACUAGUAACUGUCUCCAAAAUGUGUCAAACCAGAGGACUUUAAUUGAGUGUGUAUCAUUUUAUGCUGAGAAGGGCCUGAGCUUUGAUAAUUUUGGGCGCCCAAAUGCCACAGUACCUGCUGCAGCUGAAAGUGGGAGCAACAACAGAAGGGUAAUUAUAUUGGCUGCUGUAUUGGGUGGAGCUGGGCUUAUUGUGCUAUUAUUGUUGUUGCUUUUACUGGUUCUAUUAUGUGUUCGUAGACGGAACACAGCGAAUCAUAGAGGGAUUGGUGUGGAACCAGUUCCAACUGGAGGAACACCUCCUUCACCAGGAUUAGCCAUUAACUUCUCGAGUCUAGGUGAUCUGUUUACGUAUCAACAACUUCUUCAAGCCACUGGUGAUUUUAGUGAUGCAAACCUCAUCAAGCAUGGUCAUUCUGGUGAUCUCUUCCGGGGUGUUUUAGAAGACGGGCUUCCUGUUGUCAUCAAAAGGAUCGAUUUGCAUUCGAUUAAAAAGGAAGCAUACCUUUUGGAAUUGGAUUUCUUUAGUAAGGUUUCGUACACAAGAGUAGUUACUUUAUUGGGGCACUGCUUAGAGAAAGAAGAUGAAAAGUUGUUGGUUUAUAAAUAUAUGCCGAAUGGAGACUUGUCAAGUUCCUUGUACAGGAAAAACAAUUUGGAAGAUGAUAGUUUACAGUCAUUAGAUUGGAUAACUAGAUUGAAAAUAGCGAUAGGAGUUGCUGAAGGUCUAUCUUAUCUGCAUCAUGAAUGUACACCGCCCCUCGUCCACAGAGAUAUUCAAGCUAGCAGUAUACUUCUUGAUGAUAAAUUUGAAGUGCGACUAGGGAGCCUGAGUGAGGUCUGCGCUCAAGAAAGUGAUGGUCAUCAAAAUAGAAUUUCAAGGUUACUGCGGUUGCCACAGUCAUCAGAACAAGGUUCUUCUGGUUCAUCUACAGCGUUAUGUUCCUAUGAUGUUUACUGCUUUGGGAAGGUUUUACUCGGGUUGGUAACCGGUAAGCUGGACAUGAGUGCUUCAAGUGAUACCCAGAUGAAGGAAUGGUUAGAACAGACACUGCCAUGUAUCAGUAUAUAUGAUAAGGAACUUGUGACAAAAAUUUUGGAUCCGUCUCUUCUUGUGGAUGAGGAUCUUUUGGAGGAAGUUUGGGCCAUGGCUAUUGUAGCCAGGUCCUGUCUCAAUCCUAAAGCUUCUAGGCGGCCCCCAAUGAGAUAUAUUCUAAAAGCAUUGGAAAAUCCUUUGAGGGUGGUAAGGGAAGAUAAUUCAAGCUCAGCAAGGCUUAGAGCAACAUCUUCAAGAGGAUCUUGGAAUGCUGCUCUUUUUGGGAGCUGGCGUCAAAGCUCGUCUGAUGUCACCAUUAUUCCGGCAGCCUCAACAACUAAAGCUGAAGGUGGAAGUAGUUUCAAACAACCUGUCAUUCCAGAAGGCUCCGCUAUUAGAGCUGAAGGUGGAAGUAGUUUCAAACAUUCAGGAACAACGGGUUCACGGGGCAGUGCUCAAAAAGAUGGAGGUGACAAUUCAUCCUCCUGGAGACGACAUUCUAAGGAGAUAUUCCCGGAACUUAUAGAAAGACUGGAUGAGAACUAGCAUAGAAACUAAUUUGUUCUUCAUUAUUUCCCAAUAAGAUAUCAGGUUUCCCAUUUGAGUGCCUGCCGGUUGCCACCUGAUGAAGCUCUUAUUAGUUUAUUGGGAUGAUAUUUGGCAUCGAGCCGGGAAGGAUUCGAGAUGCACAUACAUUCUUGACAACCAGAAAAGGGUGCUAAUCUAUUGACAAUCCCAUCCAUCAUGCAUAUUUGUUUUGAGAGCUUGUUAUUUUAGAACAAGCUGCAAUUUUUUUUUAAUCUGUAAUUGAUCUUUGUUUUUGAGCCUUUUGUGCAAUGCAAAGUAAAUUGUAAUUGUCGAAGAUUCCUUCAUUCACACCAGAAAGACAUGAAAAUCCAGAUAGAAAUGAAAUUAUACAGAUUGAUUUGUUGUUUUA